AUGGGUUUUAACACUUGGAAUGCAUACCAUUGCAACAUUAGCGAGGACAUCGUUAUCCAAAAUGCUAAUCUUAUGAUAUCCCUGGGCUUAGCGGAUGCAGGAUACAACUACGUUAACAUUGACGAUUGCUACGCUGCGAAACAGCGCAACUCUGAUGGCGAUAUCGUUGCGAAUCAAACCAAAUUCCCAUCUGGCAUGAAAACACUGACGGACAGCAUUCAUGCUUUGGGAUUGAACGCUGGAAUCUACAGUGACGCUGGCUGGUUUACUUGUCAACUCUAUCCUGGCUCGUACCAAAACGAAGCAAGAGAUGCGAACUUGUUUCAGGAUGAAUGGGGCUUUGACUACUUGAAGUACGACAACUGUGCCGUUCCAUUUGACAACAUCACGAGGGAGAAUAUCAUGGGUCGAUAUGCGCGCAUGGCAAAUGCUAUAUCCGAUUUAUCCCAGUCUACGGGGAAACCGCCUCUAAUUUUGUCCCUGUGCGAAUGGGGAAGGGAGCAGGUAUGGUUGUGGGGGAAGAGAUACGGUCAGAGUUGGCGGGUAUUGCCUUACUGGGGAUCUGUCGCUAGCAUCAUUAAUCAAAAUUCUUUCUAUUCUUGGGCAAACGAUUUCUACGGACAUAACGACAUGGACAUGCUCGAAAUUGGAAAUGGGAAUUUGACAUACGAAGAAUCCAAAACUCAUUUCACCGCCUGGGCUCUGAUGAAAUCUCCGCUAUUAAUUGGCACCGAUCUAGAAACAGCCAGUAAUCAGACGAUAGAGAUUCUCACGAACCGUGAAAUCAUAGCCAUUAACCAAGAUCCAGUCGUCGGCACUGGUGUUACUCCCUUCAGAUGGGGCAUUAAUCCGGACUACAUUAGCAACAGUACACAUCCUGCGCAGUAUUGGAGUGGAGAGAGUCAGAACGGGACGGUGUUUAUGUUGAUCAAUACAUUGGACGAGCCAGCGACGAUGUUUCUCAAUCUGACCGAGUCUCCGUGGAUUCGAGCAGGUAUUCAGUAUUCUGUUAGGGAUCUUUGGGCUCAUUCCAACAAUGGCACUGCUGUAAGGAACUUCACAGCAUAUAAUGUCCCCCCACAUGGCGUUGUCGCGUUACUGCUUCAGGAUGCUGGGGAUGAACCUGAGGGGCUGUGGCCACCCUGUGCGGUCACAGAGUGGUGUAUAAGCCAGUCUGGCAUAAGGAUCGACUAGUGAACGGUGGGUGGAGCAUCUGUCGUAUUGCCAUUGGGCUGUAUCUGGUGUUAGAAGAGUAAAUUGCUAUGUACUAUUGAAGUGAAGUGCAGCUGUAUUUGAUGAUGAAGGUUGCAUGAUGGAGUG